AUGGCGUCCAUCCUGGAUGAAUACGAGGACUCCCUGUCCCGCUCAGCCGUCUUGCAGCCCGGCUGCCCCAGCGUGGGCAUCCCCCACUCGGGGUAUGUGAAUGCCCAGCUAGAGAAGGAAGUGCCCAUCUUCACAAAGCAGCGCAUUGACUUUACCCCUUCUGAGCGUAUCACCAGUCUUGUUGUCUCCUGCAAUCAGCUCUGCAUGAGCCUGGGCAAGGAUACACUGCUCCGCAUUGACUUGGGCAAGGCCAACGAACCCAACCAUGUGGAGCUGGGACGCAAGGAUGAUGCCAGAGUUCACAAGAUGUUUCUGGACCACACUGGCUGUCACCUGCUGAUUGCUCUGAGCAGCACUGAGGUCCUCUAUGUGAACCGUAAUGGACAGAAGGUACGGCCACUGGCACGCUGGAAAGGACAGCUGGUGGAGAGUGUGGGCUGGAACAAGGCACUGGGCACCGAGAGCAGCACAGGCCCCAUCCUGGUCGGCACUGCCCAAGGCCAGAUCUUCGAAGCAGAGCUGUCAGCCAGCGAGGGUGGACUUUUCGGCCCUGCCCCAGAUCUUUACUUCCGUCCAUUGUACGUACUAAAUGAAGAAGGGGGUCCAGCGCCUGUAUGCUCCCUUGAGGCUGAGCGGGGUCCCGAUGGGCGCGGCUUUGUUAUCGCCACAACUCGGCAGCGCCUCUUCCAGUUCAUAGGUCGAGCAGCAGAGGGGACUGAGGCCCAGGGCUUCUCAGGGCUCUUCGCUGCCUACGCUGACCACCCACCCCCAUUCCGUGAGUUCCCCAGCAGUCUGGGCUACAGUGAGUUGGCGUUCUAUACCCCCAAGUUGCGCUCUGCACCUCGGGCCUUCGCCUGGAUGAUGGGGGAUGGCGUGUUGUAUGGAGCAUUGGACUGUGGGCGCCCCGAUUCCCUGCUGAGUGAGGAGCGAGUCUGGGAGUACCCAGAGGGGGUAGGUCCUGGGGCCAGCCCACCUCUGGCUGUCGUCUUGACCCAGUUCCACUUCCUGCUGCUGUUGGCGGACCGGGUGGAGGCAGUGUGCACGCUGACAGGGCAGGUGGUGCUGCGGGAUCACUUCCUGGAGAAGUUUGGGCCGCUGAAGCACAUGGUGAAGGACUCCUCCACGGGCCACCUGUGGGCCUACACUGAGCGGGCCGUCUUCCGCUACCAUGUGCAGCGGGAGGCCCGGGAUGUGUGGCGCACCUACCUGGACAUGAACCGCUUUGACCUGGCCAAAGAGUAUUGUCGAGAGCGGCCUGACUGCCUGGACACAGUCCUGGCCCGGGAAGCUGAUUACUGCUUUCGCCAGCGUCGUUACCUGGAGAGUGCCCGCUGCUACGCCCUGACCCAGAGCUACUUUGAGGAGAUUGCCCUCAAGUUCUUGGAGGCCCGACAGGAGGAGGCUCUGGCCGAGUUCCUGCAGCGAAAAUUGGCCAGUUUGAAGCCAGCCGAGCGUACCCAGGCCACACUGCUUACCACCUGGCUGACGGAGCUUUACUUGAGCCGGCUCGGGGCUCUGCAGGGUGAUCCUGAGGCCCUGAACUUCUACCGGGAAACACGGGAGCGCUUCCGGGCCUUCCUCAGCAGCCCCCGCCACAAGGAGUGGCUCUUUGCCAGCCGGGCCUCCAUCCAUGAACUGCUUGCCAGCCAUGGAGACACAGAACACAUGGUGUACUUUGCCGUGAUCAUGCAGGACUAUGAGCGAGUGGUGGCAUACCACUGCCAGCACGAGGCCUACGAGGAAGCCCUGGCCGUGCUUGCUCGCCACCGUGACCCUCAGCUUUUCUAUAAGUUCUCACCGAUCCUCAUUCGCCACAUCCCCCGCCAGCUGGUGGAUGCUUGGAUUGAGCUGGGCAGCCGGCUAGAUGCCCGGCAGCUCAUUCCUGCCCUGGUGAAUUAUAGCCAGGGUGGCGAGGCCCAGCAGGUGAGCCAGGCCAUCCGCUACAUGGAGUUCUGCGUGAAUGAGCUGGGCGAGACUGAGCAGGCCAUUCAUAACUACCUGCUGUCGCUGUAUGCCCGAGGCCAGCCCGCCUCACUGCUGGCCUACCUCGAGCAGGCCGGGGCCAGCCCGCACCGUGUGCAUUAUGACCUCAAGUAUGCGCUGCGGCUCUGUGCUGAGCACGGCCACCACCGUGCUUGUGUCCAUGUCUACAAGGUCCUAGAACUGUAUGAGGAGGCUGUGGACCUGGCCCUGCAGGUGGAUGUGGACCUAGCCAAACAGUGUGCUGACUUGCCUGAGGAAGACGAGGAACUGCGCAAGAAACUGUGGCUGAAGAUUGCACGACACGUAGUGCAGGAGGAGGAAGAUGUGCAGACGGCCAUGGCCUGCCUGGCCAGCUGCCCCUUGCUCAAGAUUGAGGACGUGCUGCCCUUCUUUCCUGACUUCGUCACCAUCGACCACUUCAAGGAGGCCAUCUGCAGCUCGCUCAAGGCCUACAACCACCACAUCCAGGAGCUGCAGCGGGAGAUGGAAGAGGCCACAGCCAGCGCCCAGCGCAUCCGGCGAGAUCUGCAGGAGCUGCGGGGCCGCUACGGCACAGUGGAGCCCCAGGACAAAUGCGCUACCUGCGACUUCCCCCUGCUCAACCGCCCUUUUUACCUUUUCCUCUGUGGCCACAUGUUCCACGCUGACUGCUUGCUGCAGGCCGUGCGGCCUGGCCUGCCGGCCUACAAGCAGGCCCGGCUCGAGGAGUUGCAGCGAAAGUUGGGGGCUGCUCCAGCCCCUACCAAGGGCUCUGCCCGCGCAAAGGAGGCCGAGGGUGGGGCUGCCGCUGGGGGGCCCAGUCGGGAACAGCUCAAGGCUGACCUAGAUGAACUGGUGGCCGCUGAGUGUGUGUACUGUGGGGAGCUGAUGAUCCGCUCUAUUGACCGGCCCUUCAUCGACCCCCAGCGCUAUGAGGAGGAGCACCUCAGUUGGCUGUAG